ACAGAGGAGCUGUCAUGUCCCACCCACCGAUACUAAAGAAUAUAUAUGAUUGCAGCCAGUUCUAUAAAUUGAUGAGACCAUAAAUUCAGUAAUAUGUAUUCAACAGUUUCGGUAAGUAAGCGGUGACUCAACAACAAUGGUGGUGAAGGUUUAUGGCCCAGCGUAUGCUGCCCCUAAGCGUGUGAUUGUGUGUCUUAUUGAAAAGGAGGUUGAGUUUGAGACCGUGCCAAUUGAUUUGCUCAAAGGCGAGAACAAACACCCUGAAUUUCUCAAGUUGCAGCCUUUUGGAACAGUUCCUGUCAUUCAAGAUGGAAACUAUACUUUAUUUGAAUCCCGUGCCAUCUUGAGGUACUAUGCAGAAAAAUACAAGUCACAGGGAACUGAUCUGCUGGGAAAGACAAUAGAGGAAAGGGGUGUAGUGGAAAAUUGGCUGGAGGUUGAGUCAAACAGCUACAACCCACCAGUUUUCACCCUAGCCGUUCAAAUCUUGCUUUCCCCCAAGUUGGGGAUCCCUCCUGAUGAAAAUUUGAUCAAGGAGAGUGAGGAGAAGCUUGCCAAAGUGCUGGAUGUAUAUGAGGAGAGGUUGUCAAAGAGCAAGUGUCACGGGUCGAGACUCAAGCUCCGAAUCCGUGCGGCUUCGGGACCUGGACAUUCACUCUUCCGACGUCCCGAAUCAACGUGACCGCCACGGUUCACACCCUUGUGAGGUAU